UGCUCUGUAUUGUCUUACAUAAAUUUCUCCUGUUUAUUAUUACCUUUUCUCUAUGUCCUUUGGCCUAAUUCUAUUGGUCUUUUAUAUAUUUCUCAAAUUAUUUUUCAUGAUGAGUGAUACAGCACUUGCCAAUAUUUCCAGUUUCCUCCUUCCAGGCUCAAGAGAAGAUUACACCUCCCUGUCCUAUUAAAGUUAGACAAGGCCAACUGACUAGCUGUAGCCAAUGAUUUAUGUCACUUUUGACAGAAACAUUUAAAAACCUAUGCAUGGGGAAAGAACUGUCUUUUCAAUAAACAGUGCUGGGUCAAUUAGAUAUUCAUAUGGAAAAAAAGAAAUUGUGACCCCACUCAUAAAAAUCAAUUCCAGAUAGAUGGCAUAUAUAAAUUUGAACAAUCUUGGUGAGAUAAGAUUCCUCUUUUUUUCUUCUUUUUAAAAAUAGAGAUGGGGUCUUGCUGUGUUGCCCAGGCUGGUCUCCAACUCCUAGGCUCAACUGAUCCUCCCAUCUCCACCUCUCAAAGUGCUAGGAUUACAGGUGUGAGGCACUGUGCCCAGGUGAGAGGUAAGAUUUCUUAAACAGAGCAGAAAAACACUAAGGUAAAGGGGGAAAUGACAAAUUGGCACAUAUUAAGAUGAAAAACUUUUGUUCUUCAAAAGGUACCAUUAAGAUGGUGAAAAAGUAGGCCAGGUACGGUUGCUCAUGCCUGUAAUCCCAGCACUUUGGGAGGCCAAGAUGAGCGGAUCACCUGAGGCCAGGAGUUCAGACCAGCCUGGCCAACAUGGCAAAACCAUGUCUUGACUAAAAAUACAAAACAAACAAAACAAAACAAACAAACAAAAAAACCGGGCAUGGUGGUGGGCGCCUGUAAUCCCGGCUACUUGGGAGGCUGAAGCAGGAGAAUCGCUUGAACUUGGGAGGCGGCAGCUUCAGUGAGCUGAGAUCACGCCAUUGUACUCCAGCCUCGGCGACAGCGAAACUACGAGUCCAAAAGAAAAGUAACCCCACAGAGUGGGAGGAAGUAUUUGUAAUACCUAUACUGGAAGAGAAAUAUUUGUAAUACCUAUACUGGAAGAAUGACUGACUAGUAUCUAGCAUGUACAAAGGCUUCCUACAAAUCCAUAUGAAAAAGAACGUCGGCCCAGUAGAGAAAUAGGGAGAAGCCUCGGAUACUGCACAAGAGAGAAUAUCCUAGUGGCCAACAAACACAUGAGAAGGUUCUCAGCUCAUUAGACUUUGGCUAAAUGCAAAUUAAAACCACCAUGUAAUAUCAUUACUCGUCCAGCACGAUGGCUAAAAUAACAAAGACGUAAAGACACCACCACAGACUCGCGAGACUGAGGGGUGGGUGUCGCGAGACUGAAGAGUGGGCGGCGCAAAUGGGCGAGGUGUUUACUCGCCAUUUUGUGUGAGGAACGUUGACGCUACCUACCGCUGGCCUGGCCUCUGCCCACUGCUGCCCUGGCCGCUACCAACAUGAGCCUCCCGGAGAGUCCUCACAGCCCCGCUACUCUCGACUAUGCUCUGGAAGACCCGCACCAGGGCCAGAGGUCCCGAGAAAAGAGCAAGGCGACACAGGUAAUGGCAGAUACGUUUGAUGGCCGCUUGGAGCCAAUCGUGUUCCCACCGCCCCGGCUUCCAGAGGAGGGGGUCGCGCCCCAGGAUCCCGCAGAUGGUGGCCAUACUUUCCACAUCUUGGUCGAUGCGGGUCGCAGUCAUGGAGCCAUCAAAGCGGGGCAGGAAGUGACUCCACCACCCGCGGAGGGCCUAGAAGCAGCCUCUGCCUCGCCGACAACUGACGGCAGCCUCAAAAAUGGCUUUCCGGGUGAAGAGACGCACGGCCUAGGUGGGGAGAAGGCUCUAGAAACCUGUGGGGCAGGGAGGUCAGAGUCUGAAGUGAUUGCAGAGGGGAAGGCCGAGGACGUGAAGCCUGAGGAGUGUGCCAUGUUCUCAGCCCCAGUGGAUGAGAAGCCAGGAGGCGAAGAAAUGGACGUGGCGGAAGAAAACAGAGCAAUAGAUGAGGUAAACAGGGAGGCAGGGCCUGGGCCCCUGAACGUGGGUCUCCACCUGAACCCCCUGGAGUCCAUCCAGCUGGAACUGGACUCCGUGAAUGCAGAGGCUGACAGGGCGCUCCUGCAGGUGGAGCGCAGGUUUGGGCAGAUUCAUGAAUACUACCUGGAGCAGAGGAAUGACAUCAUUCGCAAUAUCCCGGGCUUCUGGGUCACUGCUUUCCGCCACCACCCACAGCUGUCUGCCAUGAUUAGAGGCCAAGAUGCCGAGAUGUUAAGCUACUUAACCAAUUUGGAAGUGAAGGAGCUCAGACACCCUAGGACAGGCUGCAAGUUUAAGUUCUUCUUUCAAAGAAACCCUUACUUCAGAAACAAGCUGAUUGUAAAGGUGUAUGAGGUCAGAUCCUUCGGCCAAGUGGUGUCUUUUUCCACUCUAAUCAUGUGGCGCCGGGGCCAUGGACCCCAGUCCUUCAUUCAUAGGAACCGACAUGUCAUCUGCAGCUUCUUCACCUGGUUUUCAGACCACAGCCUUCCAGAGUCCGACAGGAUUGCUCAGAUUAUUAAAGAGGACCUCUGGUCAAAUCCAGUGCAGUACUACCUGUUGGGUGAAGACGCCCAUAGAGCUAGACGUCGCCUGGUAAGGGAGCCAGUGGAGAUCCCCAGGCCCUUUGGGUUCCAGUGUGGUUAACCUUUGCCUUUGGAAUUACUCCUGCAGAAGGUUGCCUGCCACCACCAGCUGGACCUGUGCUUGGGCAACAGCAUUAGGUAUGCCCUUUUUUUGUUCUGACUUUCCUGUACCCUCUGUUUAAACUUUCCGUUCUCUCAACCUGAAGAUUGAGACCUUGGUGGCUGUGCUGCUCCCCUUUCACCUGGUCGUCUUGCUAUUCUGCAUUAACAUCACAUGCUCCCAGCCGAUGGGUCACAUCCUUCUAAGCGAAGCGAAUGAUGCUGUAGGUUACACUGUAUUUACCUUUGUUUGGACUCGGUUUGUUCCCAGGACCUCUGGUCUGGCUCCUCCUACCUGGAUUUCUAGCUGUGUCUAAGAACCUAUUCGGCUCACCCUGCUCUGCAUCUGACAGUACAGGUGCAUGGCCUGUGGACAAUUGCUGGGCAUUAAUGAAGUCAAGGGAGAACAGCAGGGGGCAACUUGGUCUGUGUGAAUUAUGGGACCCCAUUACUUUUCCUGAGACUCUGGUCACCUAUUGCUGCCUGCUACUGGCUAUUCCCAAGUACUGCUACUUGGGCAGCUCCCUGCUGAGUGAACAUAUCCCAGACCAUUGCCAGCUCCACUCUCUGGUUUCUAAUAAACAGGGAUCUCCAGAACACUGGUGGUGGACACAGCUUUCCUGUCAGCACACAGAAGACCUGUUCCUCUUCCAAAAGACCUCUCUUUACCACCACCACCCUCAUCACUCAGAAACCCUACUGUUUGUUACACAGGUGGUUGAGGGGACAUGUCAGACCCUAUCCUCAUGGCAAGGUUAAUAUGUUGGUGUUCUUGACAAGUACCAGGCUUUCUCAGCCACAACCAGUGGAUUCAUUCAAAAUCUAGGUACCUUUAUUUGCCUCCCUUCCUGAACCUAAUGAAGUGCCAGAGUGAGUGUACACUUUCUUUUCUCUCGUCUCUCAUAAAUCUCUUCUGUCUUCCUUUAAAAAAAACAAAAGUAGUAGUUCAGAAACAUCUGCAGAAGCAGGCUUUUUAGUUUCUUGGCUCUCUUUGUCAUGUCCAGAGGCAGGCUGUUCUGUAAAAUAGACUGCCAGAUCUCUUAUUGCCCAUUCUCCUUUCUUCUCAGCCCCUCACCCCUCUUUAGCAAUUCCUAGAGGGUUUAAAGGACUACAGAGCUGUAUGGAAUGAAAGGUGAUUUCUAGUUCAGAGUGGCUAGAAGAACUAAAGAGAUUGUGAUGGGUGCUCUAGGCAGGGAAAACUGUACAAAAAGGCAGAAAUGAUUCAGGGGAAAAUCGGGCCUAGAAUUUACACUGGGUUGACUAGUUAUGAUGGGAAGAGAAGUACUUUUUUUUAGUAUGCACGUAGAAGAAUAGAAGAUGGUUGGAGUGUUAAAUAUGUUCCCUAGAGAAGGGUUCUUUGAAGAAACACUGCAGUUUUGGGUGUUCUCUUUCUUGUUUGCAUGUGACCUUACUUAUGUGGAAGAUUAAUACUGUGUUAUAAUAUUUUCUCUUUCUGUUUACUGGGAAGAUUCAGCUGUACAGAUUUUCUUUUACUUUCAAAUACAAAUAUUUGGAAUAAUAUCAGUCUUUCUUUUUUGUACAUUAUGUGGAUAUGGAUAUUCAUGGCAGUUUUCAGCCUGUUCUUGUUUCUGUUAAAACCAUAUCUUUAACAUUUUAAUUUGAAUAACUUGGUCUUAUCUGAUGCUGAAGACUGGAAACUAUUGUGUUCAUGGAUAAAUAAAUUACAAAAUAUUUAUG